AUGGCACCCUCAGAGAACCAACAGCAACCCCCAAAUCCCGCGCCUCCGUCUCUUUCCGCUGGCGCCCAUGAGACGAGCUACUACUACGCAGAACAGAAUGCAUCACGACCUCCCUCACAACAAGAACCAUACCCGACACCUUACCUCGGUCUUCGAGCCAGACUCGCUCAGAUCUGGAUUAAUCGCUGGACGAUCCUUCUUUUGCUCGUACUGAUCCGAACACUGUUCGCCAUCGCAAGUGUCGACGACAACAUCGGCACGGCGAGAAAGCAAGCCUUGAGCGCCUGCACUUCUGUCGAGAAUGUAGGCUCCGCCAUGGCAUCGAUGCCCCACUAUAUGAGCGAGGGCAUGAACGAAGUGACCGCACAAGGCAUCGAGAAGGCCGUCAAUGGCCUGAUGCAGAUGCUGAUCUUGACAUUGACGGGAGUGGAGGAAAUUGUGGUCUUCAUCAUCAACUUGUUGACCUCCACCUACGUUUGUCUAAUCACCCUCGCCAUCAGUGGCAGCUUGCAUGUUGCCAUAUCGGUGGCCGAGGACGUGGGUGACUUCCUCAACUCCACCGCGAAGGACGUUGGCGACGACCUUGGCUCUGCCGCCUCAGACUUUCAGAACGCUAUGAACGGCUUCCUCUCGGGAAUCAAUGAUAUCGGCGACCUCACCGGCGAUGACUCCAAACCGCCAACGAUCGACCUAUCGGGUGAAAUCGACAAGCUCAACAACCUUGAACUGCCUUCGGGCUAUGAUCAGGGUCUUCAGACUCUCAACGGCUCCAUUCCGACCUUCGAACAAGUUCAAAAUUUGACCAACACUGCCAUCAGAUUUCCAUUCGAAGAGGUCAAGAAGCUGUUGAACGAGAGCCUGCCCAAGUACACCAUGAACCGAUCCUUGUUCCCGGUGCCCGCCAAGGAGCAACUGACAUUCUGCUCCGAUGACGACGGCGUCAAUGACUUCUUUGACGAUCUUGUCGCAAUCGAGCAGAUGGCCAAGAAAAUCUUUCUCGGAGUCAUCACGACUUUGGCAAUACUAGUCAUGAUUCCAAUGGCCUGGCGCGAGUACCGAAGCUGGAAAACGAUGAACGAGAGAGCACGCUUGGUCAAGGACGAUGCAUACGACUCCCUCGACGCGGUGUACAUCGUGUCGAGACCGUAUACUGCCGGCGCGGGCCUGUGGUUGGCGAGAAAGUUCAAGUCUCCUCGCCGUCGCGCUUUGGUGCGAUGGAGUGUGGCUUACGCAACCACUGUCCCGGCUCUGUUCGUCCUCUCCCUCGCGAUAGCUGGUCUUCUUGGCUGCCUCUGUCAAUACACCCUGCUCAAGUCUCUUGAGAAGGAAGUGCCAGCCCUGGAAAACCAAGUUAUCGGUUUCAGCGACAAAGUCAUGACCUCGCUGAACAACGCAAGCCAGCAGUGGGCUAUUGGCACGAACAAGAUCAUCAACGAUACAAACACUGACAUCAAUGAUGAUGUUUUCGGCUGGGUCAACACCACCACCGGUGCGGUCAACAAUACUCUGAACGUGUUCGUGGACGAGAUGAUGGGCGCCCUGAACGACACUUUCGGCGGCACUGUCCUCUAUGACCCAAUCAUGGACGUCCUCAAUUGCUUGGUCCUGCUGAAGAUUCAGGGGAUUCAAAAAGGUCUGACUUGGGUCAGCGAACACGCCAAGAUCGACAUUCCAAUGCUACCCAACGACACGUUCUCUCUGGGAACUGCUCAGAAGGUAGCAGGCUCCGAGUCGAAUAUCCUAGCUACUGGUCCUGAUGGAGCAGCUGCGGAUGCGAUUACGGAUGCUGUGGAUCACGUCGUCCGAGCCUUUGCAGAGGCCAUCAGACAAGAGGCUAUCAUCUCAACCUGUAUCUUGCUGAUAUGGGUCAUUAUCGCUCUCAGCGGUAUCAUCAGAGCCUUCUACUUGUUUUACCGCGGCGGCGAUGCUGGCGUCUACCAUGGUCAAGAUCCGACUGCCCGCUCUUCCAUAUCUCAAGACAAGUCUUACGAGUUGUCCCGGAUUCCAACCUACGAGCAGGCAACGGCAUCUCAGCAACCAGGCAACAACCGAGCGAACAUGUACAAUGGUCAAUCGUACACCCUGACGCCAGCACCAAUGCCAACCUUCGAAGUCACCAGCGCCACUUCGCCCAUCAUGCACACAGCCUCCAAUCCGCCAGAGGAGAAGAUGGGCACCGUCAAUGGCCAGAACGUCGAUACUGCUAUCCGCCGUCCAUCGCACAUCCGUGCUUCAAGCCACGGUGACUACGCCGUCACCUCACCGAUGUCGCCACCGCAGGCGAAUCCGUUUCUCAGUGCGAACGAAAUCCAGGAUCGAAAUCGAAAUCCUUUCUCAGACCCCAGACGUUGA